AUGUCUUCCUCCAACAACCCCGAACCGCAGUCAACCACCUCCUCCUACGUGGAGCAGGCGUCCAACGCCAUCAAAAACACCAUCAGCAAGGUGACUGGGGGAAUCACCUCCCAAGAUGACAAGGACAAGGACACUAAGCCUCAACCUCCCCCAAGAGGCCAGUACAACCAAACCGUCGGCUCUGCCAAACAAACCGUCGGCGCCGCUAUUGGCAACGACAACCUCCGCAAAGCUGGAGAGCGCCAGAAUGCAGAGGGGGAAAACCAGAAAGCACGCCGAAUGAAGGCCGAGGCGGAGAGGAGAAAGUUUAAGCAGAUGCACGAGGAAGGGAAAUUGCAGCAGAAGAGUGCUGAAGAGGAUAUUGAUCAGCGAUGGGGCGGUGAUGACAAGUAG